UAUGUCGAUGACGGCAGUGUGGACGAGGGGACUCUGGUCGCUUCGGCACCGUACUGAGUGGUUGGUAGAGUUGGACUCUCACUCUACAAUACGAACCGACAAAAAAGGGAAAAAUAAAGAAAAACAAUAUGUAAUAAACGCAGCAUCCAGAGAGAAUCUGAACUCGAGCUCCCAGCGAUUUUCUCCCUCCAAAAAGAAAUCCCCAUUCCCAGAUUUCCCGAAUCCAAAGCGGAGAGAGACAGAGAAGGGGAUAGAGAUUGGCACGAACAGUCCCUUAGUUCUCGCUUCUGAGUGGACGAUCUUCAAGAGAACUCGCAGAGGAGCCUAUUAAUAGAAUGGCAAGGCGAUCAUCUGUCUCUUCUCGUUGUCACUCAGACUGUUUCUCUUACAGAUGAAUUCUAGCUCAAGGCACUGCGAGGUCCUCCCAUGUGGGGAGAAAAGUUGUCACUGAGUUAUCAUUUCAAAUAUCUACGCAUUAAGAUUCCUUACAAGAAAGUUGGCCCAUAAGGAAUCGAUCGGAGAAAUUUAUCCAAUUGAAAUAUUUGUGAUCUUUUGAAGGAACAGCUUGUGGUUUGGCUUGAUGGGUAAAGACAAUCUGUUGGAAACGACUGAUUGUGGAGAUAGUAACGAUAGUUGUCCGCCUGCUAAGAAUGAGGAAUUGGCCAUCGAGGCACGGUUCAGUUUGGAUAGCGAGGACGGAUUGCCAACUUGUCGUGUAUGCCAAUGUUCGGAAUCUGACAGAAGGGGAGAUACUGCAUUAGCAUUUCUGGGCAUUACUCCUCCAGUCCAGGAAGCUCGUAAAAGCAAUGCAAGCGAAACUUCUGGUGGCAACAAAACUCACGGGGCUGAUAAGAAAAAUUCCCAGGAAAAAAACGAUGGAAAAGAAUCUGGCUGUGUUGAAAUAGUAAGCCCCGAGGGGGAGGUCUUCAUUUGCACUGGUGACAUAGAAACAGGAGAAUGGCGGCAUCGAGAUGCAUUGAUUCAACUCGGAUGUUCUUGCAAAAAUGAUCUUGCUUUAGUGCACUAUGCUUGUGCACUCAAAUGGUUUAUCAACCAUGGAUCCACUGUCUGUGAGAUCUGUGGACUUGUUGCAGAAAACAUAAAGACUGCAGAUUUAACCAAAAUCGUUGCUGCCUUGAAGGAUUAUGCUGCACUAAGAGAAAGAACAGCUGAUGGAGAUCCAAACCAUGUGCAAGUGAACGCGGAUUCAGGCACUGAUCCGGACGAGGUUACUGCCAUUCGAAGGCAACGACUUAAUGAGAUCUCGUCUUGGUUUAUUAUCCCUCACGGCACGAGCAAUGGCAACAAUAAUUCCACCUCAGCUUCUCGGGUUAUUUCAGAACCACCCUUAGGCAUCGGAAAUGAAGGUAUAUUACAUUUGGAAAGCCGAGCUGCUAGAUGGGCUGUCGAAGGUACGGGGAUUCUGCUCGCCACAGGGCUGCUCACCGUCUCCAUGGCCUGGCUCAUUGUCACCCCCCAUGGAGGAAAAAAAUCUGCCGAGAGCGGACUUCGCAUCCUACUGAGCGGUCUCUGCGCUUUAACAGUUGUUAUCUUCGUCAGAUUUGUCUUGCUUUCAAGAAUCAGGUACGGCCCUGCGCGCUACUGGGCAAUCUUGUUCGUCUUUUGGUUCCUGGUAUUCGGCAUAUGGGCUUCUCGCUCGCAUUCUGCUCACUCCAAUUGAUUCAUUUCUUUUUACGUCCUGUUCGGUGUUUUUCUUUUUUCCUUUUUUUGUCCUAAACAUAUGUAUAUCCUCAUUGAUCAUAUACAGUCGCUAGCAUCUAUUUUGUCUACUAGCUCUGAGACUGUGCUGUCCUGCGCAUGGUUGUAAGAAUAUCCAUCUUUAUCCAUGGCUGUAAUUUGAUG